UGCUCUGCAACAUAUCCGAUAUUAUUUACUAUAUGGAGUAAUUCAAGCUUUUAAUAAUAAACGGUGAAAGGGUGUAAAAUCAACGACCUAAAGCUGGAGAAAACGAUCAAAGGAAUUGCACGGAUUGGCGGAAAAAAGCAGCAUGACUGCUAUAUGGGCAAUUAUUCAUUCGUCCGUGCGAGGUUAUCGUACGUUUCGUGGGAGACCUAAAUCCAGCUGGGAAUCAGUGUUGGGUGAAAAAUUGAUGCCAGAAAGUGUCCCUCAAAAUGCAAAUGUAAUUAAUGACGAGGAAUACGAUUUUGAUUCAUAUGAAUCAAAUUUUGCAAUUAUUGGUGAAUUUCACAAAAUUCAUGAAAAAGAAAUUGCGAUUCAGAAGAAAAAGAUCUACACCCACAUUACCAAACAAAAAUAUUUCAAAAACAAAGAACCAAUUUUGUUAACCUGGGAAGAGAUGAAACAAAUCCGUCUUUUGCAUAGCGAAGAUCCCAAUAAAUGGUCGUUGGAUAGAUUGAGUGAAAGUUUUCCAGCAUCUAGAGAAACUAUAACAAAAAUUUUGCGUAGCAAAUGGUUACCCAAGUCUGUAGAAGCAAUUCGGAACCAUGAUGUACAAGUUUUGAACAACUGGAAACUACUUAAGGUUGAAAAACUUGCAGUCAAUUCUAAAUUACAUAAACAUCUAAUGAAAUUUAGAAAUCGAAAUAUUAAAAUAAUGGAUCAGGAAGUAAUGGAAAAAAUGAUUACAGUCAAUUCAGUGUAUUCAAAUCGAAUUAGUAACAUGUUCUCUAAUAUUAUUCAGGGUUAUAUUAAUUCUAACUCAUUCCAUAAGAAGUCUAAUGAAGUGGAGAAAAUGUACAAUCAAUCCAUAGGUAAAAAACACAAACAGUUUCCUUUAGGAAUUCUUGAUGAUAAGAUCAUUCUUUCUGGCAAACAUUCUCAGGAAACGACAUAUGACAUGUUUCUCAAAAAAUAUGUUGAGAAUAUUGAUAUGGAUAUAAUAACACCGGUUGAUCAAGUUAUUGUGAAUGAAAACAAACAACAAAAUUCUGAAGCCUAUAAAUCUCAAUCUCUUGUACUAGAGAGUAAAAGUAUCAUGGGUAAUUUUAAACAGCUUGGUGCAACUAAAGAAAAAACACAUGAAGUUUUAUUUGCUGAGAAUAUCAAGCAAGAACCUUUUUGCACAAUAAUUUCAAUUAUGAGUAAUGGAAAUAGCAUGGAAACUGGAGUCAUCACACGUCAGAAAAAAGUCAGUACAACACCUGACGAUUACCUUGAGUUUAUAAAAAUCCCUCACAAAAGUUACAAACCAAAAGCAGUGUAUAGGAUUCAGGACAGGUACUAUGAUAAUGAUGGAGAAUUCCUCUAUAGGGUACCAGGAAUUUUAUCAUGAUUGAAUCCAUUGUUCAAUAACAGUCUUAAAAAGUGUUUUCAAGUGUGAAAAUUAUUCAAAAUAUUGAUUAAAAAUUUUGGCAGUGGUAUUAAGAUCUUUUCUCGGAAGCUUUGAAAAAUAAUUUUCCACAAUAUUGGUUUAUUUUAUAUUUUCAAUCUCAAGUAAACUUAUUUCGACACUAUAUUAGUUGAAAAACUAUAAUAUAUAUGUAUAUAUAUAUAUAUAUAUAUAUAUUAUAGUAUAUACUAUAUAUAGUUGAAAACUAUAUUCUUAAUACAAUAAUCGUAUAAAUGUAACACAAUGUAUCUUCAUUUAUAGUGAUUGGAAAGGAUGAAAUACUUCUUAUUGAUUACAAAUAACAAUUGAUGUACAGAAAGAUGUGUUGAUUGAUUGCGAAAAUUUUAAGAUAUCUAGCUCAUCAAGGGCAAAAAAAUUAAAUCGCGUCUAACACCGUUGUGUUUAUCACUAAGCUAGGUUCUAUGUCGUUUUAAUUUUUAUGCUCGUGCACAUGAUGAUUUGUAGGUUAUUCCAUUAUAAACUAUUUUAGGUGUUUAAGGCUUGUUUAAUUUUGUUUUGCUUUUGCUAUUAUACCUAAACUAUGAAGUAACCAAUGUAAAUUAAUAUUGCAUAUUUUUUUUCUUAUUAAAAAGUGUUUGUUUGCUUAUAAAAUAAUAGUGUAUUGAUACGUGCAAA